UACUGCUACCACCACCAUCACAACUACCUACUCUCUCGUCGUACUCUAACUCUUACUAUUUGCAAUGUCCGGCCGUGGCAAAGGAGGAAAGGGCCUUGGAAAGGGCGGUGCAAAGCGCCAUCGUAAGAUUCUUCGCGAUAACAUCCAGGGUAUUACCAAACCUGCCAUUCGUCGCCUCGCUCGCCGUGGUGGUGUUAAGCGUAUCUCUGGCCUCAUUUACGAGGAGACACGUGGCGUCCUUAAAGUGUUCUUGGAGAACGUUAUCAGGGACUCUGUCACCUAUACUGAGCAUGCCAAGCGCAAAACUGUGACUGCAUUGGACGUCGUCUACGCCUUGAAGCGCUCUGGCCGCACCCUCUAUGGUUUUGGUGCUUGAUAGGAUUGAUAAAACGUGGCUUGAUUGUACUUUUACUAGC